AUGGCUCUCCGAUAUCUGUUUGGUCUCUCCACGACCGCCUUUGUGGUGGUCGGAUUGUAUAUGCUCUUCCAGGGAGAAGGUGAAGCUUUCAAUGUCGGCCGCUUUCUCGAAGAGGUAUCUCCUUACGCCUGGGCGAACAUCGGUAUUGCGCUGUGCAUUGGUCUAUCUGUAGUCGGAGCUGCAUGGGGUAUCUUCCUCACGGGCUCUUCGAUUGUUGGUGGUGGUGUUCGGGCCCCUCGAAUUCGAACAAAGAACUUGAUCUCCAUUAUUUUCUGUGAGGUUGUGGCUAUCUACGGAGUUAUCAUGGCGAUCGUCUUCUCCGCGAAGCUCGGUCCCGUCCCCGAGGACCAGCUCUACACCAUGAGUAACCUUUACACGGGAUAUGCUCUCUUCUGGGGUGGUAUCACAGUUGGAACCUGCAACUUGAUUUGUGGUAUCUCUGUUGGUAUCAACGGUAGUGGCGCUGCCCUUGCUGACGCUGCCGAUCCUAGCCUCUUUGUCAAGAUUCUCGUUAUUGAGAUUUUCAGCUCUGUUCUGGGUCUGUUUGGUCUCAUUAUCGGCCUGUUGGUGGGUGGCAAGGCUCUGGACAUGGGUGCAGCGUAG